AUGCUUCUCAACGCACAUGGCAUUCCCACAGAUACAGCGGAAGUUUCCCGCCCUAGUACGAGACCGCCCACACCGACGCGCCCAUCUUCGACGGCCCUGUCUCCAGACCCUGAAGCGUUUGUCGCGGAUGAAGAAAAGGACGAGACCACAGAGCUCAUCAAAAGCUUCAAGGGCAUGGGACUGCACCGCGAGGAUGUCAACCACAUCGGACGGUCGAGCAACCUCACGCUCAUUCGGACCGCAAUCGACGUGAAGCAGGACUUCGUCCUCAACUCCCAGAAAGCUGCCGUCGUGAACUUGAAAGCGCCUGUCCUUACAUUCCGCCGCCCAGAGUUCUGGGCAACUCGCACUGCUCUCAUGAAGGAAUUGGUCGCCAAGUAUUUCGAGUUCCGCCAGCCACUGUCUCCGUUGUUGCACCGCCCCACCUUUGAACAAGGCAUACAGUCUGGGCUUCACCUCCACAACGAGGGUUUCGGUGCGACAGUCUUGUUAGUGUGUGCCCUAGGUGCGAAAUUCUCCGAUGAUCCCGUAGGAAUGUCUCCUGGCGCGCGCGACUCGCACUGGGUGGGCUGGCGAUGGUUCGAACAAGUGCGUGCGAAGCGUAGGCACAUCUCCCUCACAGCCGCGACGCUCUAUGACCUGCAAACCGCAUAUCUCGCUGCGGCGUACAUCGGCGGCUCGGCCAUGCCAUUCACGAACUUGGCGCUUCUGGGUCAUGCUCUGCGGCUCGCGCAGGACAUGGGCUUACACAGGAAGAACACGUACAGCGCAACACCGACGGUUGAUGGCGAAUUGAGGAAGCGGGCGUUCUGGUCCCUUCUCUCAAUGGAGUACGGAAUGUGCAUGGUUAUGGGCAGACCGUGCAGCUUGCAAGAUGAUGACUUCGACGUGGAUUAUCCUGUCGAGUGUGACGACGAGUACUGGGUCAAUGACGACCCCAAGCUCGCGUUCAAGCAGCCCGAAGGCAAGCCAUCCUCUGUAACCUAUUUCAUUUGGACCCUACGUCAAACGCGCAUUGCCGGUUCUAUACUUCGAAGUCUUUACUCACUACGGGCACCGAAAGUGCUCGCAGACGCCGACCGCGCUCAGCAUAUCGUGUCCGAACUGGAUUCAGAGCUUAAUAAAUUGGUCGACUCUAUCCCUACCCACCUGAAGUUGGACAGUGACCAAUCGGACCCGAUCUUUGCGGGCCAGUCGAUUCUCUUGUACACCUCGUCCCACCUGUUGCGCAUCAUGAUCCACCGACCAUUUAUCCCGCUGCUUCGCAAACCGUCGUCGCUGCCUAUUCCUUCGUUCACAAUUUGCACGAACGCGGCGCGCGCCUGCGCACAGCUCCUCCACCGGCACCACCAGCGCUUUGGUGCGGAAUAUGCGUUACCUGCGGCUCAGUUGAUAUUGCUCACGUCGGCGAUUAUAUUGCUGCUGAAUAUCUGGGGCGGGAAGCGUGCCGGAUCGGCGGUAGACACCGCACGGGAGAUGGAGGAGGUCGAUAAAGUGCUGAACAUGUUCAAAGCGAUGGAGACCAGGCAUAUAUCUGCUGGUCGGUUGUGGGACAUUCUCCACGACUUGAAGACUGUGGUUGACGAACCUGUGCAACAACAAGCUCGAAUGCAGAAACGCAGACGCGAGGAAGACACUGGCACAGCCAACGAUUCGUCUGCGGAUGCGGGGACAAAUGUGCAGCCACCUCGCAAGAAACUCUAUGAGCGCGGGACUCUGGCGCCCUCUGCAUUUGCCUCGAUGUCCUCUUCGGCAUCUCUGGACGUCGGCCCGGACGUCCCCAUACCAGGCGGCGCACCCGCCGACUCUCCCACAGGACCCGAUAUUGACUUUUCCCUCUUUUGGCAGUCCCUCGGCAUUCAGCCGGGCGCAGGCGAUCAAGGCGCAAUCUUUCCCACGUCUGCAGAUGCCAGCGCGAUGUUGGCGGACCCAGACCUCGAAUCCCUCUUUGCGGGCCUCCUCCCUGCACCAUCGGUAUAUGACGACCAAUUAGCGGGGCUCUCGCAAGAUGCGACUGUCCACUCUGACCUAUUCGCACCAAGCGCGAUGUCAGGCUCAUUUUUCACGCAGUCUGGCACGUUUGCGGAUCCUGGGCCGUCGAGUGCAGUGCACCAGGGAGCAGAUAGACCUUUCGCCCAUGGCCCGGAGCCGAUGUGGGAGACGGAGCAGGGGGACAUCUCGUGA